GGUAGAAUUUAAGGGCGGCUACUUUUUACUUCUGAUACUUGAGUGCUCUUAAGAUCUGAUCCUUUUGUACUUUUACUCAAGUCUUUUUCUAGAAGGAUACUUUGACUUUUACUUAAUUACAUUUUUUUCCAAGUAACAGCACUUUUACUCAAGUAACACGUUUGAAUACUUUUUCCAGCCCUGCAUUUUAGUCGUGUGUGUGUGAAGCCUCGUUGAACCUCUGCUUCACCGACCGCUUCACUGAUCCGAAUCACGUGCAGCGCUCCGCAGGGCCAUCUAGCGGUAGAUCUGUGCAGCCCACUGCCUUUGAAAUCAAGGCAUUAUUCAAAUAUAACAGAACUAUCAAUAAUGAAGUGGCACGACGGGCCACUGCACCAUUAGUUUACACAGAAAGCAAUGAUCUACAUUAUUAAGCAAUUAUUAAUGGUUUCAGUUAUACCGAGAAUGUGUGAUUUAAUAAAUCACUAUAGAGGUUGUCAGUUUGUAGGUAUAUUUCAGUGUAAUCAUGUCUUUAUAGAAAAUUGAUAAAUGCUGAAUUCGUGUACUUCCUAUUGGAAUCACAGGAGCCCCAGUCAAACACUGAACCACUGGAACUGUCUGGAGCUUUCUCUUUCUCUGAACCACUGGAACUGUCUGAAGCCAUCUCUUUCUCUGAACCAUUGGAACUGUCUGAAGCCAUCUCUUUCUCUGAACCAUUGGAACUGUCUGAAGCCUUCUCUGUCUCUGAACCAUUGGAACUGUCUGAAGCCUUCUCUAUCUCUGAACCAUUAUAACUGUCUGAAGCCUUCUCUCUGAACCAUUGGAACUGCCUGAAGCCUUCUCUCUGUCUGAACCAUUGGAACUGCCUGAAGCCUUCUCUAUCUCUGAACCAUUGGAACUGUCUGAAGCCUUCUCUAUCUCUGAACCAUUAUAACUGUCUGAAGCCUUCUCUCUGAACCAUUGGAACUGCCUGAAGCCUUCUCUAUCUCUGAACCAUUGGAACUGCCUGAAGCCUUCUCUAUCUCUGAAUCAUUGGAACUGCCUGAAGCCUUCUCUAUCUCUGAACCAUUGGAACUGUCUGAAGCCAUCUCUUUCUCUGAACCAUUGGAACUGCCUGAAGCCUUCUCUAUCUCUGAACCAUUGGAACUGCCUGAAGCCUUCUCUAUCUCUGAACCAUUGGAACUGCCUGAAGCCUUCUCUAUCUCUGAACCAUUAUAACUGUCUGAAGCCAUCUCUUUCUCUGAACCAUUGGAACUGUCUGAAACCAUCUCUUUCUCUGAACCACUGGAACUGCCUGAAGCCUUCUCUAUCUCUGAACCAUUGGAACUGCCUGAAGCCUUCUCUAUCUCUGAACCAUUAUAACUGUCUGAAGCCUUCUCUCUGAACCAUUGGAACUGCCUGAAGCCUUCUCUAUCUCUGAACCAUUGGAACUGUCAGAACCUUUUGGGAUGAACUUGAGAACCUUUUGAGAUGAACAUUCUAUGACGAGGCUGUACUUGGCUUUAUUUAAAAGGAAUUCUUUAAAACCAUCAACUUCCACUGGAGCUGAUGAAGGAAUCUCAGCUCUAAACAGUUACAGAUUUCAAGUUAGCUAUAACAUUUUACAAGUAACAAACUAUGCACAUUUUAAGAGCUGAAAACAAUAAAAAAGAAAGGUCUAAUUAAGCAAAUGAUGAGUUCAUUUUAGAGUCUAGUUAAGUAAUUGAGAGCUCAGGUGGAAUGAAAACCAGGGUUGGGAAGCCCUGUAUUAUAGGCUUUAAUAAAGGAAACUAUACACGUUUUUGUUUCUUUGUUAUAGUGUGCAUUGCGUAUAUUAGAGAUCUUUGAUUUCUCAAUACAAUAUUAAAACAGUACUUCUUCACCAUGCAAAUGCCUAGUUUCAGAAUACAUUGGGGCUCCAGUUUGAGUUGUAUCGCUUUCUGUAACUGUCCUUCCUCACAUUGAAAAAGAAAGCAGUUUGCUCAAACAGCGCAGCCCUACGGACAGUAUAUUUCAGCCCACAUUAAAAUGAAUGAAUAUAAACACAUGUCGAACUAAAUGUAUUGAUGAACAUAUUGACAUUUAUUUAUUUACACAUUCACAUGCUAUGCACGUUACAUAUCGUCCAUACAGAAGCGCCGUCCGUGUAUUCUUUUCACGCAGUAUUGAUAUUCCCGAACGCUCCGCACGCCGCCAGCGUGAGUGAGCUGCUCUUUAAAGAGGUGUGGGCGGCGCACGUAUACGCUUCUAACGCAGCGCUUGAGGAUAGCGGAUGAAAUCUGGAGGGGAUAGACUGCAUUUUGUGAUCGCUUUUUCCCGGUUGAGUGCUCCCAGUGCAGUGAGUCAUGCCCACACUGGAUCUCAGCACCGUGCUGGUGAGGGAGAUGAGGGAGGAUGAAGCUGAAUUCGUGACAGAGCUUUUGAAGGAUUGUUUUCGUGGUUCUGAGAAUCGAUUGGUUCUGUACCUGCUGACCCGCCCCUGUUCUCUGCUCCUCUUGGCUGUGGGGAGUUCCGCCCUGCGCUUCGUGUUUAACUCUUUCAUGGCCGCGCUGGUGGUGCCGGUGUUGCUGGCUCUCUGCUUUCUGAAGCUGAGCUGCCGGGGAGCCGGUGGGCUGCGAAACGCCAGCUACUACAGGCAGGGUGCAGCGGGGAGCAGCGACUCCAGAGAGACCACAAAAGACAGUGAUACCAGCAAAGCAGGCAAAGUCAAUGAACACAGCAAGACCAACACGGCCAGAAAAACCAGUGCCCCCAGUGACACCAGCAAGACCAAGCCAGGGGCAGAGAAGGGGGACAACACCCCCGGCUGCUCCAAGCCCGGUUCUGAAGACUCGGACUCUGACUCGGACUCUGAGUGGAGCGAGGGGGAAGGGGAGGGGUGGGCAGGCUGGGGGCGCCUCUUUCCCGGGUCCAGCUCCAGCUGCAGCCCCCCCACCCCCGCCCCCGCGGGCCCCCGCGCUCUCUGGGUGUGUGAGAGUCAGGGGGAGGUGUUGGGCUGCGUGGCCCGUGAUGCGGGCCCCCUGCCUGGGCAGGCUCUGCUCUGCUGUCUGGCUGUGAGCUCCUGGCAUCGCCGGCAGGGGCUGGGCUCAGCGCUGGUGACCCGCUUCGAGCGGCAGGCCCGGCGGGACGGCUUCAGCAGCGUUGGGGCCCGCGUGAGCGCGGGGAGCAAGGUUGGGGCGGCCUUCUUCCAGAAACUGGGGUACGAGAGCUGGGGGGCUGGGGAGAGGGGCUGGCUGGGGUACAGCGUGACUCAGGAGUUCAGGAAGCAGCUGUAGAGGAGAUAGAGACCAGGGGGGAGUCAAUACAGAGGAGAUAGAGACCAGGGGGGAGUCAGUACAGAGGAGAGAGAGACCAGGGGGGAGUCAAUACAGAGGAGAUAGAGACCAGGGGGGAGUCAAUACAGAGGAGAGAGAGACCAGGGGGGAGUCAAUACAGAGGAGAGAGAGACCAGGGGGCUGUAUUGACUUCUCCACUUCAGAGCUGUACUGAGAGAGAGGGAGAGUUCUGUUUAAUUGAAGAGGAAGUGUAUAACCCCUUCAUGCAGGGCGACCUCACGUGGGGACGGAUAUAAGACCUCUCUUCUUGUCUCUCUAUAUAAGUGGACAUACAGAAGAUCAGUGAGCAAAGAGCCUCAUAUGAGCCGAUGCUGUCCCCCUGAUCCCACCAUAUAAAGCAAUGGAAAAACAUUGAAAUCAUUUUCAAUGAAAAAUAUCUUCAAUAUGUGCCCAAAACUACUAUUUUUCCAGCUGUUUUUAAUAUUUCCAUGCAUGAACAGGCUUGAAAAAAUGUUGCCCCCUGCUGGUCAGAGAGCUAGAGAGAGAGAGAGAGAGAGAGAGAGAUGUGUUUGUUACUGGUAUAUAUAAAUGACUGACUCAGUGCGACUCUGUAUAGAUACUGGGUUUUGAAUCAAUGUGUGUUUCAGAACGGUUGAUUUUCUAAUACAUAUAUAAAUCCACGCGCUCUGCUGGAAUGCUUUUGUAGUUUCUGAAGAGUUCGAUUCAGUUUUAAUAAAAUGUGUCUUUGGGGUUAAAA